AUGUCACGCGAACAACUCAAAGCAAAAAUUGAAGCUAAAGCAGCUGAAUUGAAAAAUAGGCGAGAAGAAAGAUUACAAACAACAAAACUAUUAACAAUAUCGAGAGAAAUGACUGAUCUGAAUAAAAUAUUCGAAGAAGUUGACAUGAUGCUAUCGACAUCAUCACUGGCAAGUUCAUCAGAUAUUUUAUCAACAAAAUCACCAUCGUCAUUGCAACAAAAGCUUCGACCAUCCACAAAUAUUUCGUUACAAGUAUGUCGACAACCAUCAGCAACAAUAAAUAUACCACCAAAAGAAUUAAUUACUUAUUCAAAAAUAGUACAAACAAUUGAACCAACUGAACAAGAUGACACAGAAUCCAAUGAUGAAUGUCAACAAUCAAUAUCAGAAUACGAAUUUACAAAUUCACUUAAACAACAAAAUAAACAAAUAAGUUUACAAUCUCAAACAUCAUCAUCAUCAUCAUCAAUCAAAGAUGAAUUAACAAAUGAUGAACGUGAACGAAUAUUACAAAGUGCACAAUUUCAAGAUUUUUUUUCUCGUACAUCACUUUUAAUUGAGCGUUCGUUACGGGAAACUCAAAAAGUUGAUGAUAUUGUUAAAGACUAUAGUAGAAAAGAUUUAGAUAGACAAAAGGGAAGAAUGGAUAUGAAAGACAUCAUUAAAUUUGAUCGAGAAUAUUUUGAUGAAGAUUGGUCACAUCAUCGCCUUGUUACAUGUAUUGACACAUCAAUUUAUCAUCCUGAAUUAAUUCUUGCAUCAUAUUCUGAGAAUUCCAAAUCAUCAGGUGGAUCAAAUGGUGUGGCACUUAUUUGGAAUUCUAAAUUCAAAUCAAAACCAACACCUGAAUAUGUAUUCAAUUGUCAAUCAUCGAUAACAUCAUGUGUGUUUAGUAAAUUUCAUCCAAAUAUCCUCUUAGGUGGUACCUAUAGUGGUCAAAUUGUUGUUUGGGAUACUCGAUCAAAUAAACGAACACCUGUACAACAUACAUUUUCAUCAAUAUUAUCACAUACGCAUCCUGUUUAUGGUUUACAAGUAAUUGGUACACAAAAUGCCAAUAAUUUAAUUUCAGUAUCAACUGAAGGAAAAAUGUGUUCAUGGAAUAUUGAAAUGAUGACUCAACCACAAGAAAGUAUCGAUUUAACAUAUAAAACAAAACCUGUCGCGGCAAUGCGUAUGGCAUUUCCUAUUAAUGAAGUUAAUCAUUUUAUUAUUGGAAGUGAAGAUGGGCAAGCUUAUUUUGGUUCAAGACAUGGAAAUAAAGCAGGCAUUCAAAGUAAUUACGAAGGACAUUUUGGACCCGUUACAGGUUUGAGUUGUCACAAUGUAAAUGGUUCCAUUGAUUUUUCAUCCUUAUUCUUAACAUCUUCAUUUGAUUGGAGUGUUAAAUUAUGGUCAUUAGAAGAAUCUAAAUCACUUCAUUCGUUUGAAGUUAAUAAUGAUUAUGUUACUGAUGUACAUUGGUCACCAGUACAUCCAAGUAUAUUUUUAACAUGUGAUAUAACUGGUCGUUUUGAUAUAUGGAAUUUAAAUUAUGAUUCGGAAUUACCGUUAUUAAGUACAACACUAGAUAGAAAUGUUGCUUUGAAUAAGUGUUUAUGGUCACAUAAUGGUCAGCGAAUUAUUUUAGGCGAUGAUCAAGGAAAAUUACAUAUAUAUGAUGUCAAUGAAUCUUUAAUAAAUUCAAAUCAAGAUGAUUUCAAUCAAUUGAAAGAUACAUUACAAGACUUUAAGCGAAAUAGAUUUGAUGAUAAUCGUAUCUAA